UAAACCCUUUCCUUUUUCACCCCCCCCCCCCAAUGGAUCCCGUGUUCUUUACGGAUUCCCAGAUUUCCAUCUCUUCUUCAUUUUGAAUCUCUAUAUAUCUUCUUCUUCGCGCAGAUUGCGGUAUGUUAGCGGCGGCGGAGGAGGAAGGGAGAAAUUUUACGGAUUCUUGGAGUUCUUGAUUGUGGAUUAUGAGGGGUUUCUUGAUUUUUGCGGUGAUUUUUGGGUUGCUGCCGCUGUUUUGCUUUGGGAUCCGGGGAUUUCCGGCUGUUGGCGGCGGAGAGUACGGCGGGUUUGGGUUUUCGGAGGCGCCGGAGUAUCGCGACGGCGUGGAGUGUCCGGCGAGGGGAGACCGGGUGUCGUCGUGUGACCCUUCUCUCGUCCAUGUGGCGAUGACCCUUGACUCGGAGUAUCUCCGGGGGUCUAUUGCGGCGGUGCACUCCGUGCUCCGCCACGCGUCUUGCCCGGAGCACGUGUUCUUCCACUUCAUCGCGGCGGAGUUCGACCCGGCUAGUCCUCGGGUCCUGACCCGGCUCGUCAGAUCCGUGUUCCCUUCCCUCGAUUUCAAGGUCUAUAUCUUCCGGGAGGACGCCGUCGUGAACCUCAUCUCGUCGUCGAUCCGGGAAGCUCUGGAGAACCCGCUGAAUUACGCCCGGAGCUACCUCGGCGACAUAAUCGACCCGUGCGUGGACCGGGUCAUAUAUCUGGAUUCGGAUCUGGUUCUCGUCGACGACAUCCAGAAGCUCUGGAGCGUCGAGCUGGCGGGUUCCCGGGUCAUCGGGGCGCCCGAAUACUGUCAGGCGAACUUCACCAAUUACUUCANGACGCCGUCGUGAACCUCAUCUCGUCGUCGAUCCGGGAAGCUCUGGAGAACCCGCUGAAUUACGCCCGGAGCUACCUCGGCGACAUAAUCGACCCGUGCGUGGACCGGGUCAUAUAUCUGGAUUCGGAUCUGGUUCUCGUCGACGACAUCCAGAAGCUCUGGAGCGUCGAGCUGGCGGGUUCCCGGGUCAUCGGGGCGCCCGAAUACUGUCAGGCGAACUUCACCAAUUACUUCAGGGAUUCGUUCUGGUCGGACCCGAUUUUCUCUCGGGUAUUCGGGUCGAGAAGACCCUGUUACUUCAACACCGGCGUGAUGGUGAUGGAUCUCCGGCGGUGGCGGGAGGGGAACUACAGGAGGAAGAUCGAGCGGUGGAUGGAGGUUCAGAGGGAGAGGAGGAUAUACGAUCUGGGAUCGCUGCCGCCGUUCCUGCUGGUCUUCGCCGGAAAAAUCGAGCCGAUCGAACACCGGUGGAACCAGCACGGGCUCGGCGGCGACAACGUGAUGGGGUCUUGCCGGUCGAUCCACCCCGGUCCGGUGAGCCUGCUGCAUUGGAGCGGGAAGGGGAAGCCGUGGGCCCGGCUAGACGACGGGAAACCGUGUCCCUUGGAUCAUCUGUGGGAGCCGUAUGAUCUGUACGAGCGCCGCCGCCGCCGGCACGGUGGCAACGGGAAGCUACACAAUCUUGCUUUGAGUGAGAGGACCAAU